CAGUAUGAGCAAUGAAGAAGUCACUGUUUCUAUAGAAUCUCCAGCCAAAUCGUCAGCAAUUUUAGAAGAUACAGUUAUUGAAAACAAAUGUGUAGAAAAUAAAUUAGUGAUCAACGUUCAACCUGUAUCAGAUUCCACUGUGUGCGAAGACACUGACACAGCAGAGGGAGAAAAACGCAAACAAAUAGAGAAUUAUAAACAUAAGAAAGCUACUGUAGGAGGAGAUAAGGUUGAUACUCCCUCAAGAAGCAAGCAUGUCCCUCACACUUUUCUUACUAUGCCUGAUGGAAAGAAGAUAAUGUUCUCCCUUCCCACAAAGACAAGCAACACUAAAAACACUGGCAGCUACGGGGAACGAUUAAAACACACCAGCACAACUGCAGAAAAGAAGAACACAACCCAAGGACACGGCUUCACACAACGAGGGAUAAAAUACAUUGCACUCAGUCUUAUCUGCUGUAUUAUCGGGAUACUCUUUUAUCUGCUAGCUGCUGACGCUGAUAACACUGCACGGUUACUUGUGUUGCUGAUAGGGGCCGGGUUGGGAGUCUUCUUCUUUCUGUGUGCUAAUGAUUACGUUUGUAGGUAGUGAGGGUGUCACGUGGCAUGUCACGUGUUCGUGAUCAGACACUGUUAAUUAAAGAUGAAGUAUAUGGUGAAGAUAGGCUGUGUUAAUUAUGCUGACUGAUUGUGUAGUGUGUAAAUAAUAAAUUAAAUGAUGAUCAGAUGAUAAUAAAGUAAAUAAACUUCAUAUAUCACAACUUUCUCCCUUAACAGUUAAUACUUUAAUAGCCGAUCGGCGAUCGGCAUUGUACAUAUUUGUCGAGCAAGAUCAUCUUAUAUACUCCUGGUUAAAUAAGUGGCUGGUAUUGGAGAUUUGUCAGAUAUGUGGGGUUGCUUUUAUCUUUAAUCAUCGUGUUGUGAAUAAUGCUGUUACCAUGGCAACUGAUAGUAACCAUGGCAACUGUUUUUCAGUAAUAUUCUGGGUUCUUUUCUCUGUUCGAAUAAAAAAGAAUCUUCAUUCAUUUUAAAACUUAAUAACUAAUAUUUAAAAUUAAUCAUUGAUUAAUUAAAUAAAACAGAUGCUGUUACCAGGCCAGUAUUGAAAAAGUGACCGCUAUCUCCAUUAGUGUUAUACCUGUAUUCGCAUGAUAGCAGUUAGGGUCGUUCACAUAUUACGU